CCCUUCACCGUUUUUCAUUAAAAAAAGAGAAAAUCGCAAAGCUCUUGGGGGAGUUUCUAGAUUUCUCCAUUUGUGUGAUGAUGGCGCUUCGUGCUACUCAAUCGACUGCUCGUAUGGCGGCGACGCUGCGUCGCGUAGCUAGGCCUUUCUCAACGGACGCGGUGGUGGAGUCGGAUUACAAGCGUGGGGAGAUCGGUAAGGUCUCGGGAAUCCCCGAGGAGCAUCUUUCCCGCAAGGUGAUAAUUUACUCACCAGCUCGAACUGCGACCCAGCAAGGAUCUGGCAAACUUGGCAAAUGGAAGAUCAACUUCCUCUCCACCUUAAAGUGGGAGAAUCCGUUGAUGGGAUGGACCUCUACAGGUGACCCUUAUGCCAACGUUGGUGACUCCGCUCUUUCUUUUGAUUCUGAGGAUGCUGCCAAGUCCUUUGCUGACCGUCAUGGCUGGGAUUAUACUGUCAAGAAGCCCAAAACCCCACUGCUGAAGCCUAAGUCUUACUCGGACAACUUCAAGUGGAAAGGCAAUCCUCAGCCUGAGAAGUGAUCUUCUUCUUCCUUCGUUUCUGGAGAGAACCCUCAUUUGAUAAAUAAAUAAAUAAAAAGCUCUCGUGGUUUACUUCUUAUUUUACCAUCUCUGAACUUUAUUAUCCAUGGUUGGAUUCUUUUUGUAUGUUUUUCUUACCAUAACAAUAAUAUGAUAUGAAAUGAUGGUGAUAAAAUAAUAAACACUCUUCUGAUAUUU